AAGAAGGCCCCGGUUUGGAGUGGCAGCUGGAAAAGAGGUUUUAGGGAUGGACAUGUUUGCUGCUGUUGCUUCCAUGGCUCGCUCCAUAUUUGGAAAACAAACAGCCUCCCAGCUGCUCCUUUUUGAAUCUUUCUCCUCCAUCCUUCUCUUUGAAGGAGUGGAGAGGGUCCUGUUAGAGAAGGAGCUAAGUGGCCCAGGUGAGGCUAGUUGUUUCAGAGGAGGAAGUGGAACCACUCCAUUUUUCAAAAGAAGGGAAGUAGGAGCAGAGCAAUUCCUGCUCCUCUCCUCCUGCUCAGUGUGUUAGAAGAGCAUUGGUGCUGGAUCUUGUCUGCUCCCUGUUCUUCCAUCGUCUGUAAAACGUGGAGUUUCUCUGUUAUCUUCUCCCUCUUCAAAAUCAACAAGUGGCUUCUGGACUGCUUAACUACUUCCCUUGGGGGGCCUCUGUUCCUUCAAGGGGCGGAAAGGGGGAAAGGAGCAGACAGCCUAAUGCAAGGUGUGGAGUUACUCAGACCCAGAAUGAUGGAGCAGCUGAAACAAUGCAUCAGACUCUACUGACAACCGUUAAUAUAAUGAGGUUGCACAGAUCUCAAGGGCAGAAUGUGGCCUACAGAAUCCAUUACUGUUGGUGAUCUGUGAACUUGGCAUUCAGAUCAAAGGCUGAGGUUCCCAGCUCCAGAGCACCCACAGAAUCAGCACCUAUGUCUCAUCCAUCUUGUCUGGGAUCCUGGGAUCAGAUGCAGGGCUACCCUACUGAGAUACCUGCACUGCAUAUCUUUUUACUGGAAGAUCCCGUACACUGCUUCAGGGAUGCUGAAAGAUGGAGCUCCAAGCAUGUGAAGGUGUGGGCCCAGGGAACAGAAGAUGAGCAUCUGUGGGAUGAAAAGCCAAGGUUUAUAUAGUUGUGACUGCAACUGGUGGAUUCAGCAAGUCACAGGUACCAAACCAAGGACAUGCUGUCCUAGGAAAUCCCUGCUCAUCUUGGGGUUCCUCUUUGCUUCAGCGGCAAUUGCAUUAGUCGCGAUGGCAGUGACUCAGAACAAGCCUCUCCCAAAGAAUAUUAAGUACGGGAUUGUGCUAGAUGCUGGUUCAUCUCACACUAACCUGUAUGUGUAUGAGUGGCCAGCGGAGAAGGAGAAUGACACUGGGGUGGUGCACCAAGUAGAAGUGUGUACAGUACAAGGCUCAGGGAUCUCAGGUUACUCCAAAGACCCGGAUGAAGCUGGCCUCUCCCUCCAGAACUGCAUAAAAAGAGCUCAGGAGAUGGUUCCAGAACAGCAGCACAGAGAUACCCCUGUCUACCUUGGGGCUACAGCUGGCAUGAGGCUGCUCAGCUUGCAGAACAGAAGUGUAGCUGACAGAGUCCUCUCUGCAGUAGAGAACAUGCUGCGCUCAUCCCCCUUCGACUUUCAGGGUGCCAGAGUCAUCAGUGGUCAGGAAGAAGGCGCCUAUGGCUGGAUCACCAUUAAUUACCUGUUGGGCAACUUCAAGCAGACUGGCUGGCUGGACUUUCUGCCUCACCUGCAAUCCAGCAGUGGGACAUCAGGGGCCCUGGACCUCGGUGGAGCCUCCACCCAGAUCACCUUUGUACCAGACCACGAGCCUAUUGAAUCUCAAGAGAACUCACUGCACUUCCGUCUCUAUGGAAAGAGCUACAACGUGUACACGCACAGCUUCCUGUGCUACGGGAAGGACCAGGCUCUGCGCCUGAAGCUGGCUGGUGACCUGCAGAGCACACAGAAUGGCAGCCUUCUGGAUCCGUGCUUUCACCCAGGGUAUUUCAGGGUUAUGAAUACAAGUGACCUCUACACAAGCCCCUGUACAGCUAAUGGUGAGCAGCAGCUUCCAUUCAGACGGCUUCACCUCCAGGGGAAUGGGGAUUACCAAGUGUGCCGAAAGGCCAUCCAGAAGAUCUUCAACACUAGCCAUUGCCCUUACUCCAGCUGCUCCUUCAAUGGGAUUUUCCUGCCUCCGUUGCAAGGGAAGUUUGGGGCAUUUUCUGCUUUCUACUUUGUGAUGAACUUUUUAAACCUGACAACAGAGAAGAGCCCAGUCCCUCUGAACAGAGUGACAAGCACCGUGCAAAGAUUCUGCUCCAGGCCUUGGAAUGAGGUAAAGGCAGAAUUUCCUAAUAUAAAAGAGAAGUACCUGAGUGAAUAUUGUUUCUCUGGGGCCUACAUCCUCUCCCUGCUGGAGAAUGGCUAUGGAUUUACUGCAGAGAAAUGGCAAAACAUCCAGUUCCUCGGGAAGAUUGGCAGCAGUGAUGCAGGCUGGACUCUGGGCUACAUGCUGAACCUGACAAACAUGAUCCCUGCAGAGAAGCCCCCGACACGCCCCCUCUCCCAUGCCAGUUAUGUGGGGCUCAUGGUGUUUUGCUCUCUGGUGCUGGUGGCUGUGCUCCUGCUUGGCUGCUUUAUCUUCCACAAGCCAAAGUGCCUGCAGAAGGGACUUAUUUAGGGAGAGGCAUAUCCUGCAGUGGAGGCAGUAAUGGGCCUCUGCCACUCUAGCUGUGGCACAGAGAUCUGAGGUCACCUCCAGAGCCAGCCUUACUCAGCAGAGUCCUUCCCGCCUUUCACUGAAGCUAUUGACUGUACAAGGGCAUUCAGUCUUCUCCUCUGGCUCACACCUGCACUGAUGGACGCUGGGAUACCACAGGCUCCUCUCCUCUCUGUGGAAAUGUAUCUUGCUGGGGUCUCUUCUUGAAUGGGCUGCAUAAAACAGCAGCUUUUGGGCCCCCUUUGCUGCUUGUUUUUUCUGGUCUUGCUUAAUCAAAGACAGCAGUAACCGCUGAGGGAAUCCCUGUGAUGUGUGGGCUGUGGAGCUAAUCUCAGGGUUACCCAGGAAACAGGAAGCCAUUUCACUGUGCUGAGAUCUAGUUCCUUUCUCUGGGAGAGUCCCCACAGCUGCUUAGCACCAGUCCACAACACCGCAAACCAAGCCUGUUGCUCUGGGCCAUCUGCAGCUCCUCAGGAGCAAGCCAUGUCUUCGCUCUGCCUGUCAUGGAAAACCUGGAUCUAGCCACAACCGGCCCCCAAUCUGGGACAAACAGAUGUGAGAGGGAAAGGCACAGAAGAUCUUGGGUCUGGAGGAGGCCAGCAGCCUUGGCUGAGCCCUGGCAACAAACCUGAAAUACUAGGAGGCCAAAUGUUCCUUCCACAGAAGAUUCCAGUCUAUAUGAAAGGAAACCUCUUCCCACCUCCACAACUUAUCAUGGGCCCGUAGCAGGCCCCUGAUGUAAGGAACCUGUCAAAUCUGGUCACACAAAUUCUUAGCCAGACACCACUGAUCUCUCCAGAAAGAACUCAUGCUGGGCAAGGAUCACCUGCAAACAGCUGGGAUUGAUACUGUACCCGGAGGCAGCGUUCCUGGACACUGGACCCAACAGCACACAGACAAGAUUCCGGUCCUUGCAGCUGGACCUCUCUCUGGCAGUACUAAUCACACAGGAACAUAGGCCCAAUGGAAGGCCUUUAAAAGACAUCUGGGACCAGUGAGAAACAAGCAAAUGUUGAUGAAUUGAUUUGUGUUUUGUUUUUGCAACGUGCAUGAAAAUUACUCACUA